CCGGCUUUUACGGAAGAAAUCCUUCCAUUCCAUAUGCGGAUCAUCAGUGCAGUUGAACUUGGUGUAUAUACAACGUCAAUUGACAUCUUCAUACUAUCCCACCUAGCAUAAUAUACUAUUAAAAGACAGUCACAAUGCAUUCCCAUCUCCACACCCCCUACAACGCAAACUGCGAAGAAAUCAUGACCGCCCUCGACGAAUGCCACGCACGAGGCUUCAUUCACAAAGCUCUGGGUGGAUGCAACGAUGUCAAGCGCGACGUGAACAAAUGUCUAGCGGCGGAGCGGUAUGCGCGCGCUAAGCGCAACCGGGAUGAGGCGAAGGAGAAGCGCAAGAAGAUUGAGCGUAUUUGGGCUGAGGAGAAGGCGCUUGCAGAGACGGGGUCGAUUUCUUCGUUGGCUUCUUCUGCUUCGACUUCUUCGGGUUCAAGUGCGGCGGAGAAAUAAAUGGGUGUAUGUAUUUGUGGUUGUGCUUGGUGGCGGUGGGGGGUGUAUGAUAUGAUUGAUGUAUGUGUCUGAUGGGCUGGGUGCAUGUGGGUUACUUACAUUGAUUGGCGUUCGGGAUUAUUAUACUAUAUCAUAUCUCUCUCUUCUUAUGCUGCUUCUUUGACGGUGUAUGUUUA